CGAAAGCGCACAUUAGCAGGAACGGAAAGCCCUCUUUUUUUCUUAGCGACGGUGGCCCUGAUUUAGAGGCUUCUUUUACUCUCCACCACCACCACAAUCAACCGCUUUUUUCUUCUUCUUGUUCGCUCGUCACAAAUUCUCCCUCUCUCUUUCCAAAUCAAAACUACUGUGCAGAAACUGCUACUAUAUGCAGCAAAAAUAAAAUGCUAAGUAGUUUUGAGGGAAGACCCUUCAAAUACAAAGUUGGAUUUUGAAUUCUAGAGAGCUGAUAUAUUUUACUUAAAGCCUAUGUCCGAGGCUGAGCACAUGGGUGUUUCUCCAUCAAAAGUUUCUCAUACUAAAAGUUAUUCAUGCCCUGCACAAACUACACUGGAAAAUACGCAUGAACCCAGUGCUGAAUACAAGUUUGGUGGAUAUCCGGAAGAGAGACAUAAGCUUGAGUGUGAAAUCAUACAAACUGAAGCUGGAGAUAACAGGGCUGCAGUUCUCCAAUCUUGUUCUGGUGAAGUUGUGCAACCAUCUACUGACGAUUUAACAAAAAGUCCUCUUAUUGAUUUGGACCCACCUCCUGACGAUGCAAGGAGUGCUCUGUUUGAUAAUAGUCCAAGACCUAUAUCAACCGCUAUGGAUCAGAAACUUGAGCCAGGUGCUACAAGUGUGAAUACUGCUUGUGUGCAUAGUGAAUCAUCAAAAGCAAUUGACUCUAGUAUUCUACUGGAUGAACCUAGGAAUAGCAACACAGAAUUGUCAAGCUGCAUUGCAAAUGAAACCUCACAAGCAUCACUUGAAGGUCUAGCCAAUGAUUCUCGUGCUGAAGAUGCAGGACUGUCACUUGUAGAGGCAAGCAAUAGUGACCUGAUUGAUGAAAGUUCAUACUCUCAACAAACUACAUCUGGACAGACACGUGAGUUUCAUUCUGACAGAGCUUGUUGUAAACCAUUGGAAGAAAGACAGAAGCCCGGCUCUGAACUUGCAGAAAAUGAAUCAAUGGAAAUUGGCAUUGGAUUACCCAGUGGUAUUGCUAUUGAGAAUUUGGAGCCGCUUACUGAACUUGUGACCAAGAGUUGUCCUAUCAAACAUAUAGGCUUGCCUCCUGGUGAUGACAUCAGCAUUCCUGCAAAUGAACAAAUAAGACCUACUCAUGAUAAGGAGUCCAAAUACCCUGAUUGUGAACAUUUGGAAAAGCUAUCUGGAAUUGUGAUUGGUAUUACUAGUCAAGGUGUACCCAGUGUUAAGAGAACUUCAAAAUUGUCAGGGAAGAAAUAUACAAGUUCUUCGAGAAAAAGUGAUAGAGUUCUCCGGUCAAAUUCACAAGAGAAACCUAAAGCUCCCGAGUCGAGUAAUAAUUCUACUAAUGUUAAUUCCACUGGUGAGGAAAAAGGGAAAAGGAGGAAAAAGAGAAGAGGGAAAAGUAUAGUGGCUGAUGAAUAUUCCAGAAUCAGGGCACGUCUUAGGUACUUGUUGAAUCGGAUGAGCUAUGAGCAAAGCUUGAUCACUGCUUAUUCCGGGGAAGGCUGGAAAGGACUUAGCCUAGAAAAGUUAAAACCUGAGAAGGAGUUGCAACGGGCCACAUCUGAAAUCAUCAGACGCAAAGUGAAAAUAAGGGAUUUAUUUCAACAUAUUGAUUCACUAUGCGGUGAAGGAAGGUUCCCAGCAUCUUUGUUUGAUUCUGAAGGACAAAUUGACAGUGAGGAUAUAUUCUGUGCAAAAUGUGGAUCCAAAGAUUUGACUGCUGAUAAUGAUAUUAUACUAUGUGAUGGUGCUUGCGACCGAGGGUUUCAUCAAUUCUGUUUGGUACCACCAUUGUUAAGAGAAGACAUUCCUCCUGGUGAUGAGGGCUGGUUAUGCCCUGGAUGUGAUUGCAAAGUUGACUGCAUUGACUUGCUUAAUGACUCUCAAGGAACAAAUAUAUCUAUCAGUGACAGAUGGGAUAAUGUUUUCCCCGAGGCAGCUGCAGUAGCAUCUGGACAAAAACUCGACUACAACUUUGGAUUGUCUUCUGAUGAUUCUGAUGAUAAUGAUUAUGAUCCUGAUGGUCCAGAUAUUGACGAGAAGAGUCAGGAGGAAUCAAGCUCUGACGAAUCUGACUUCAGUUCUGCGUCUGAUGAAUUUGAGGCUCCACCUGAUGAUAAACAGUACUUGGGGCUCCCUUCUGAUGAUUCAGAGGAUGAUGACUAUGAUCCUGAUGCUCCAGUUCUCGAGGAGAAGCUGAAGCAGGAAAGUUCCAGUUCUGAUUUUACUUCGGACUCUGAGGAUCUUGAUGCCACUCUUAAUGGUGAUGGGUUGUCUUUAGGAGAUGAAUACCACAUGCCUAUUGAACCUCAUGAAGAUUCUAAUGGGCGAAGAUCGAGAUUUGGUGGAAAGAAGAAUCAUUCUUUAAACAGCAAGCUUUUAUCCAUGCUAGAACCAGAUUCUCACCAAGAAAAGUCUGCACCUGUUUCUGGAAAAAGAAAUAUUGAAAGAUUGGACUACAAGAAGCUCUAUGAUGAAACAUAUGGAAACAUUUCUACUUCAAGUGAUGAUGAUUACACUGAUACUGUUGCACCAAGGAAGAGGAGGAAAAACACUGGAGAUGUUGCUAUGGGGAUAGCAAAUGGAGAUGCUUCUGUUACUGAGAAUGGAUUGAAUAGCAAGAAUAUGAAUCAGGAAUUAAAGAAGAAUGAACAUACUUCUGGGAGAACUCACCAAAACUCGAGCUUUCAAGAUACAAAUGUUUCCCCAGCAAAAACACAUGUUGGCGAAUCUCUCUCUGGUUCUAGCAGUAAAAGAGUUAGGCCCUCUGCUUAUAAAAAACUUGGAGAAGCUGUAACUCAGAAACUGUACAGUUUCUUCAAGGAAAAUCGGUAUCCUGACCAAGCUGCAAAGGCAAGUUUGGCAGAAGAGCUAGGAAUUACUUUUGAGCAGGUUAACAAGUGGUUCAUGAAUGCUCGUUGGAGCUUCAACCAUUCAUCACCUGAAGGUACAAGUAAAGCUGAAAGUGCUUCAGGAAAGGGUAGCUGUGAUGGGCAUGUGAGGGAUAGUGAAUCGAAGAACCAAAAGAGCAAUAAACAAAAAACUAGUACCCCAAAAUCUAGGAGAUAGUGUGAAGUAGAUCUUCAAAAAUAUUUUAUUGAAUCAAGAAUGGAGGAAGCCGAGGUCUCCUUUCAAUUUGCACAAAACUCUUGUGCAAAUUGUUGGUCGGGAAAUCCAUUUUAUUCUAUGAUCCUAGUAGACGAACUGACCAUUUACCUUCUGCAAGAACAAGAUGCUAGGAGAUAAUAUACUGGUUUUAUUGCCAACGACUGACUCUGCCAUGAAGGUGACCCCAAGACUCUACUGUUGUGCUGCAAUUGGUGAUUCGCUCAUUGCUGUUUUCUUUUAUUAGUAAGUUGCCUUAUUUUAAUUCAACUCCAUUCACAAGGAAUUUUACAAUAAAAAAAUGUUGAGCGAGUCCAGCUCAUCAUCAAUACCUUUAUUUUUCAUUUUUUAAUGAGAUUAUAAUUUGUUCUCUA